AUGCAUUUUACAGCUGCUCUGUCAUCAUGCAGCCUUCUUACUCUGGUUGCACCCGUCCUCUGUACGCUUCCGUCCAGCUGCACCUCCAUCUCAGAUUUCAUCCCCAGCAAACUCGACAUCACCUUGCAGGCGUUUGAUGAACACGUCUGCAAGAAAGGAUGCAUUACAACGAUGGCUCAGUUUGAAAAGCAGGUUAACGGCAAAAUCGUCAGCCAGAUUGUCACGACCAGUAUGGGUGAAAUGGGUCUGUCUGGCUUUUCCAGUAUUGCGGACAGUAUCUCCGGAGACAUCACCACAAAGAUCGAAAACAAGUGUGCUGCGGCCGGAGGGAACACGGAUCUAUGCCAUGAUCAGAAGGCAAUGCAGGCUGUUGGGGCUUGCUUGAAGGAGAAUAUGAUGCCUGUAGUGCUGGGUGAGAUGGAACAACUCUCAACGUUUAUCACAAAGGACAUGUGCGACAAGAUGAAUGCGUAUCUCAAGGGGCCGGAGCUUUGGGAAAGUGUCAUUCCUCAGGAGUUGGAUGACUAUGCGUCUGCCUGUGAUAAGAAUUGA